AUGAAUUAGUAAUAAAUUAUCCUAUAAAAUUUGAGGGAAAUCAUACGAAAAAAUAGAAUUGAUUUAACCAUCAAGUAUAUUGAGGUUCUCGUUUACGCUGUAACUAUUUGCUUCAUCCCGAAGGAUAUUCAGUUGUACAAAUUUUAUAAGAGUUCAUUGAUUGUUUUUAUUCAAGGGAUUGCUUUAACUCACUAUUACUUACAUAUUAUUUACCAACACAAAAAAUAGAUAUAAAAUUUUGGCUACUUUUGGAGUUUACCAUUUAAUAAUCUCGAAUCCUAUAAUCAUAAAGAAUUAAACAAUAGCAUUAUCCUGUAUCACAAAGAUUUCUUGGUCAUGAGAAUAGCCAAUUUAGUGUAUUCAUCUUCAUUUUUACUUAGUUUUGAGAUUGUUCUCUUUUUAUCGGCCCCUUAUGAAUUUUAUAGAUAUUUAAAAACACCACUUAAUUCAUAUUCUGCUUUAAUUAUUUUUGAAGUUUCCUUAUACUUUGCUAGACGGGUUUAAUUGUUUGUGUUUCCAUCUUUACGUUUAUUCAAGUUUUGUGUUUUACUCUUUAUUUCGAAGUUUAGAAGAUAAAAUAGACCUAUAUUCUAGAAUUAGAAUUAAAAUUAACCAACCGAAACUGUAGCUAUUUAGUUACAAGAGAAAAGCUGUUCAGAGAUUGAUUUAGAAUGUAUUAUUUGUUUAUAGAAAAUUACUGAUAAGUAUGUAAUGUUGUAAUGUGAACAUUAUUAUCAUAAAGAAUGCAUUGAUCAUUGGAUAAAACAAAAGGAAAUUUGCCCUUUAUGUAGAUCGUCUAUUAAUUGA